UACAAGUGAGUGGGUGUAUGGGUAAUGUAGUAGAGCGGUAGACACGUGGGUCGGUACGUUGCCGUUCGUUCGGUUCAUUCGAAGUUUGCGGAAACAUGGCGGGCCUGGAGCUGCUGUCUGACCAGGGAUACCGUUUGGAUGGAAGAAAAGCCACCGAGCUGCGGAAGGUUCAGGCCCGAAUGGGUGUGUUCGCUCAGGCGGACGGCUCUGCGUAUUUAGAGCAGGGAAACACGAAAGCUCUGGCUGUGGUUUACGGUCCGCAUGAAAUCCGAGGUGCACGCAGCCGAAUUCGUCAUGAUCGAGCUGUUAUCAACUGUCAGUACAGCAUGGCCACGUUCAGCACAGCUGAGAGGAAGAGGAGGCCACACGGAGACCGCAAGUCAACUGAGAUGAGCCUCCACCUCAAGCAGACGUUUGAAGCUGCUGUGAUGACCCAGCUCUACCCACGCUCUCAAAUAGACAUCUAUGUCAAGAUUCUGCAGUCAGAUGGAGGUAACUACAGCGUGUGCGUAAAUGCUGCCACUCUGGCGGUGAUUGACGCCGGCAUCCCCAUGCGAGACUACGUGUGUGCCUGCACGGUCGGGUUUGUGGAUGAGACGCCCCUCGCUGACCUUUGCUAUGCGGAGGAAAGUGGAGGAGUGAGCUCUCUGGCCUUAGCACUGCUGCCCCGGGGCGGACAGAUCGCUCUGCUGCAGAUGGACGCCAGGCUACAUCAGGAUCACUUAGAGACUCUGAUCGAAGCCGCCAUGACAGCUUGUAAAGGGGUGAGCAAGGUGCUGGAUGAAGUGGUGCGACAACAUCUCCAAGAAGUUUCUGUGCUCUCUGGAGAAUGAUGCAGGGAGGAGGGGCGAACCUCUAGACUGGUUUAGGUUGCAGACUGGAAUGGAGAGAAAGGAUGGGAGAAUCUUGGAGUGAAUGUUUUUUCAAGUAUUCAUGGCAAUUACACUUUUGUUCAGUAUAUGUGUGGUGAAGAUAUAAAUAUGUCAACUCUGCA